AUGCCAAGAUACAGGAGAGCUGCUUUCCCACACUCAUUUCCCAAUCUGGCCCUUCAGCUAUCGCCCGUCGCUGAAGUAGAUUCUCCCCCGCAAUCGUCGCCACCACCAAAAGCAGGUUCAGCAACACUCAGUGCAGAUGAUGAUGAUGCCUCUGCUUCCCUGUCGCUACGAUCUGGCGCGUCUUUUGGAAGUCGGGCCAAAAAGUCACCUCCCUUGCCGCAAUCUUCGCAACUCUUCUCUCCGGUAAAGAAUACUCGUAAUCGUAUCGUCAAGAAUGGCGGCCGCCUCGACACUACAACCUCUCGAACACUCGCAUGGCGCAACGGCCGACACGUCGUUGUCAAAGAAGUAUCCGGCAAAGCAACCAUCACAGCAAGUCGCCUCCGCGGCGUGAGAAGGUUUCUUGGUCACGAAAAUCUCGUGCGACUGUUAGAUUGGGAAGGUUUUGCAGCUGGCGACCCGCGAGCCUCGAAACUUUGCGUCUACGAAUACUGCGAUUCAGGUACCUUGGGGGACAGAAUCGACAGAUUUCCCGAUGGACUCCCGGAAAGCUUCAUUUGGCACGUCCUCAAGGGUUUGCUAAAGGCAGCCCUGUACAUGCAUACAGGAAGGACGUACGGUACCAAAUCGGACUCGAUUGCUGAAGAUUUCCGCCCCUCGGUACAUAAUAUGAUCAACCCGGACACAAUCUACUUCCAACGAACAGACUACGUGUCCGAAGAAAGCACUCCACAGCAAUGGAUCCCUCACCAACUAGGAGAUCUCCACCCACGCGUCAAGCUUAGCAACUUCAGCCGACUCAUCCUCCUAGAUUCCCCCGAACAGGAAACCUGGGACCCUUCCGAAAGCCUGACACCGAUUGAAUGGAUGACACACUUCGAAGCACCCGAAUUAACUUGGAACGACAGCUAUGGCACUUACAAGAGCUCCAGCGACAUGUGGUCCAUAGGCGCCGUUGCAAUCGCCAUGAUGGGUGGCAUACGUCCCAGCAUCGAGCCCAAAUUACCCGGUAUACAAGCGGAGCCUUUGAGUAAAGAGGCGGAAUUCACAUUCAAGUCUCUGAAGCGAGAGUCUUGGUCUGCGAUGGAAAUGCCCCAGAAGUAUAGUAAAUUCCUGAGACUUUGCGUUGCAGAGCUUUUGAAAAUGAGUCCGAGGGAGAGGAUUGAUGCAAAAGCGGCUGUGGAUUUGGUUCUUUUAGGGGAAGUUUGGUGGGAAUUGAAAGAGGCAGAUGAAUUGAGUCGACAUGGAAUACCGGAGUAUUCGGAAGAGGAUGUGCAGAGGAUGAUGAGCGAAUUUAAUGAGAAGGAGCAGUUUUCUCCUAGUGGUGGGUAGCCUGUCGAUUAUUUGGCGCCGUUCAAUAUAAUGCUGACUUCAAAAAGAUGAAGACCUGUGUACUCCGCCGGAAAUGAAGUAUCCAGGAGCUGAAUCACCAAAACGACCCCCGAUUGUGUCGCCAAAGGAAAAGCAAGAAUUCGAUACGAAGGGCACGUAUCAUCCUCCAUACCUCGAAGAAGAGGAAGCAAUCCCGACAGCACGCGAAUCAUCCAGCCUCAGCAACAAUUCCACUCCUUCAUACAAGCCCAUACCUGGCGCACCUCGCCCUGGUAGAACAGGCUUCCGAUCCUCUCCCUACGCACCGCCUCGCGAAGACCUCUACAAAACUCUCCCCUCAGAAAGCGUCCCCGCCUUAUUCGGCGGCAGCAAACCCACUCAAAAUCUAAGGAUUCCCUCAAAAGUACGCGAUCGUGGACCUUCGCCUCCUUUGCCGGAAUGGUCCACUCAUGCGGAGAGGAUGCGUCUUAUGCAGAAGUUACGGCGGAACAGAGGGAGCGAUGAAAUUGACAGUCCGACCGGGUUUUCGAAGGCACUGGAGGCCGAGAGGUUGAGGGCUGAAUAG